AUGUUUACGGAUGACGUCAAACUUUGUUCCACUGUACGCGAUAUAAAAGAUGGUAAUAAUCUUAUUUCAGUGAUCAAAUACUUCUCUUACAAAAUUUUUCUUCACUUCCAGGUAGCGAUAAAAAUUAUCGAUAAGACAUGCCUAAAUCGGGAAUACCUAACCAAAACAUUCCGCGAGAUUUCCAUUUUGAAAUCGCUGCGCCAUGCGCAUAUCACUCGUCUCUAUGAGGUGAUGCAGUCAGAGACAAUGAUCUAUCUUGUCACAGAGUAUGCGUCCAACGGCGAGAUAUUCGAUCAUCUGGCAGAGAAUGGACCUAUGAAAGAGCAGGAAGCGGCGCGCGUUUUCACACAAUUGGUCUCAGCCGUGCAGUAUUGCCAUUCGAUGGGCGUGGUGCAUCGUGAUCUCAAAGCGGAAAAUGUUUUGCUCGAUAAGGAUAUGAAUAUCAAGCUCGCUGACUUCGGCUUCAGUAAUCGCUACGAAGAGGGCAAUCCGUUGACAACGUGGUGCGGUUCGCCACCAUACGCCGCACCUGAAGUAUUUCAGGGUCUGGAAUAUGAUGGACCCAAAGCAGACAUAUGGAGCUUGGGCGUCGUGCUGUACGCGCUAGUGUGCGGUGCACUGCCUUUCAAUGGUGAUACGCUGCUGGAGUUGAAAGGACGCGUAGUUACUGGAAAAUUUCGCAUACCAUACUUUAUGUCACGAGACUGUGAGCACCUCUUACGUAAUAUGCUGGUCGUUGAGCCAGAUCGACGUUAUACAUUAAAACAAAUUAUAAAACAUCGCUGGCUAAGCGAUUGGGCAGCGGAACUAGAUGAUUACGCACAACAUUCCGACAGCAGUCCACUUGCGCGUAGCGACAGCAAUAGCAGCUGCAAUGCGCAAACGACAGCGACUGUUGCCAACCUAGAUACGGAGAUAAUGAAGAAUAUGCUACAAUUGCCUGGACUGACCGCCGAUAUGAUUGCCGAGUCGGUGCAUAAUCAUCGCUUCGAUAAUAUAUAUGCCAUUUAUUAUUUGCUUGCCGAUAAGUUGCAGCAAAGGCGACGAGAACAACAUAGAAUGCAGCAUCAAGCUGCCUAUUCAAGAUUACGCAAAACUAGUAUCACUACUGGUGUGGUCGAUCGCUCUGAGCCAAUCAAACAGGAGUCGGUCGAUCGCUUAAGUCCACUUACCAACACCAAUGCACUACAAAGUGGAUUAGGAUUUCAUUGGAGCGAUGUUUCGGUGGAUUUAGAGAAAUUCGGCGAUUUCGAAUUAGAAUGUCUGGCGCGACCGAAUGAGCCACAAAACCAAAAUCAAAAUCACCUGUGUGCCAAUGCCGGUGGAAACGGCACUAAUACGCGGCGACAUACUGUGGGUCCUGGCGAUGUGGCACACGAACAGGCGCUUGCCAAUCCAAAUGUGCCGCCAAUCAAUUUCAAGUGCACACCAGAGAAUAAAGACGAGACUGGUGCCUACUUGCCAAUGAACCUGCCAAUGUUACAAAAUCAACCGCUACACAAUUUAACCAUAAAGGAUCAGCAUCUAUUGAAGCCACCAGUGGUGAUGGGUGCCAGUUCAUUUGGACGUCGCGCUUCUGACGGUGGCGCCAAUCUACACAUCUACUAUCCUUCUUCGGUAAAUAAUAUGCAACAAGUUGCCGGUCAAGCGCAACAAAUGGACGCGAAUGCAUAUUAUAUCAGUCCGAAUGUGGCAAAUCCUGCAGGCCUAAGCGGCGCGCCAACAGAUCGUAUGCUGGGUCAAGGUGUGGGCGAACAAACACAACUGCAACAGUUGGGUGCCGGCGAUUCUGUGAGCGAGGAGAACAACGAGGAGAUACAAAA